AUGAGUCUAAAUACCUGCUGGCUUUGCAAGCUUUUCAGAGCAGAGAAAAACAGGAUCACUACCAAGGUGUCUUUGGAGGAAGUUCUCCAGUGGUCUCAGUCCUUUGAAAAGCUGAUAACGAGUAGAUACGGUCCUAUGAUCUACAAGACCUACUUGGAGACAGAGCACAGUGAUGAAAACAUCAAGUUCUGGCUUGCUUGUGAAGCCUAUAAGAAGAUCACGUCUCAAAGGAAAAGGAUUUUGGUGGCCAGGAAACUUUUUACAAAUUACAUUCAAGCCCAAGCUCCUAACGAGAUUAACAUUGACAGUCCUGUGAGGAAAACGAUUACCAGGAACCUUCAAGAACCGACAGAGUCCUGUUUUGAUGAAGCACAGAGAAUAAUCUACAUGCAUAUGGAAAGAGAUUCUUACCCUCGAUUCCUUGAAUCAAAGUUCUAUCAAAAACUCAAACACAGCCUUCAGACUAAUAGCAAUAAUCCAACAAUAAGUUAA